ACACUGUAGUGUAUGCUUUAGUCCACAGUUGUCUUAAUUAUCACCUGGAUACCAUACUGUGUGCAUGUGCACACACUCUACAGUGAUACAACUAAUCCUGCCAUCUGACACUUGAUCUUUCUUGAUCUUGAUCAGAUCUCACGUGCAUGCUGUUUUCAGUUGGACCUACAGCUAUCCUGUCCUCCACAGCAGGAAAGACUCAUAUUAUUUGUCUGAAUUCUCUUCUGCUGUGUAAGAUUAUGUAGGUUUUAAUGAUUUGUCAGAACACUGUGUAAUAUUUAAUAGCGCCAAGUUACAAAAGUAAAUCAAUAAAUACCCUAAAAAAUUUUAUGCUGAAAAACAAAUUAAAUAAAGCUGGAAAGAAUUCUACAUGUGGUACUAAUCAGAUCAGUUAGAUUUCAUGAUAGUUUUAGAUAGUUUUCACGGUACAAUAAACAUUUGUUUUUUAGAAGCAAGAUAUUACGUAACACUAAAGCAGCACGGUGGUAUAAUCCUGCCUCUUCACUUUCUGCCCAUCCCUCCAUUUCUCUUUUACACCAAUUAUAUUCAUGUCCUCCCAGGAGGCGGUCUCUAACAGAAAGUAUUGUCUAUCAGGAAGUUUCACUUUCCCAGUAUCUCGUCUGCUUAAAAUUUAUAAUCUCUCCAUCUGACUUGGGUUCACUGGUUCCUUGAUGGCGGAUUCUCUAGAAGACGAUCUCUCAUGUGUAGUGUGUUGUGAGAUUUUUCAGGAUCCUCAGCUCCUCUCCUGUGGACACACUUUCUGCAGCAAAUGCCUGCAAAACCACUGGACUGUUAACACUCGGACGUGUCCCAUGUGUCGCAGGGUGUCUCUGCAGGAACCCGUGGCCAACCUGGCUCUGAGGAACACCAGCGAGACUUAUCAGAAGGAGAGAGAACGGCAGAAGAAGGAGAGUGAGAGCGAGAGUGAAGUCAGAUGUUCUCAACAUGGAGAGAAAGUCAAGUUCUUCUGUAAAACUGAUAACGAGGUCAUAUGUUUAACGUGCAGGAAGGAAAGUCACAGAUCGCACCGAGUUCAGCUUCUCGCACAGGCUGCACGACAGCACAAGGACCGAAUUAAAGCUGCGCUCCAUCCAGCUGAGAAAGCUCUCCAGUCUCUAAAGAAUGGCACAAACAAAAAAGCUGAAAUCACCAAGUACAUUCAGUCUCAGGGUCAUCAGGCAGAGAGACAAAUAAAAGCAGAGUUUGAGAAAUUUCACCAUUUCCUUAAAAAGGAAGAGGAGGCCAGAAUGACAGCACUGAAGAGAGAUGUGGAGAAAAAGAAAGGGAAAUUGGAAGAAAGGAUAGAACAAGACAUAUCGCUUCUUUCUGACAGAGUGAGGGAGGUGGAAGAAGAACUAGAGAGUGAAGAUGCUGCAUUUCUGCAGAAUUACAACUUUGUACUGCAGAGGGCUCGUCAUACAAUGCUGGAUUCAGAGUUACCUUCAGCAGAUCUUAUCAACAUGGCUGAACAUGUGGGGAAUCUGGGGUACCGGGUGUGGGAGAAGAUGACAAAUAUCUUCCAUUACUAUCCGGUCCUCCUGGAUCUCAACAGUGCUCCUGAGGACUUUUUCAUAUCAGAUGACCUGGCAAGUGUUGGAAAGUCGUCAUGCAUCCGGCCAAACCCUAUUGGGUUUCAUGGGAAUCGUUUGGUGCUCGGAUCUGAGGGAUACAGUGACGGCUUCCAUUGCUGGAACAUCGAGGUGGGAAACAGUAAGCACUGGACUCUUGGUGUGUGUCAGCGUUCAGCAGACAUGGAUUUGGUAAAACCUCUGACUGCUGAAAUGGGCUUCUGGGGUCUCAAAAGAAAAGGGGAUUCCUACAUGCUCCUGACAUCCUACAAAUACUCCUUCAAGAUACAGAAGAAGCCAAGAACAGUGCAAGUGCAGCUGGGAGGAUGGUUCACCUUAGGCAACCUGAACAUAGAUCGCAUGGUGAGAUUCGUGGAUGUCAGCGACGGAUCUGUUAUUGCAUGUUAUACCGGAAUUCCCCAAGGUGUGCCGUUGUUUCCAUUCCUCAUCCCAGAAGAGCGUUUUUCUCACCUGCGCAUUGCUCCUACCAUUCCUGCCCUAAUCUUAGAGCAUGUGGUUGUAGAGAGACAAAAAACUCAGAUCUCAGAUUACCUAAUGUAUUUCUUUAUAGCUGUUUUGGUCAUUUGGUCGUUAAUGUUUGGAGGAAAUAAAUAAGUGAAUAAGUGACUACACAAACAAGUGAGUGAAGGAGUAAAGGAGUGAGUCUGAGGGUAAAUUACUGAAUGAGUGAGUGAGUAAAUGAAUAAUGAGUUCAGUGAGUCAAAGAGUUAUUAAGUAAUUAAAUGAGUGAGUCAAUAAAUCAAUAAAUUAAAGGGCAUGAGCCAGUCAGUAAGUGUGUGAAUAAAUAGGAGAGUAAAUGAGUGAGUGAGUGAGUGAGUGAGUGAGUUAAUGAGUUAAUGAGUUAAUUAACUGUCAAUAGGGUAUUAACGAAACAGCAUUAUGAAAAAUUGCCAUAAACUGCAAACCAUUAUACAGCACAUUUUUUAUAUUAUCUUUAAUCAGUACAUUUCAAUUUUAUGCUCAGACCAUUAAAACUGUUUAAACACUUAAGCAAAGAUCAAAACACUGUGAGACAGUAUACACAUUCUGUUACAUCUCUAAAAUAAAAUGAAUAAAGAAAUUAUAUUAAAAAAACUUAUUGUCAAAAUUAGAUGCUUUGUAAAUAAAGAAACAAAAAAUGUAAUUUUCAUUUACAUUUAAACAUCAUUCUCAAAUAUAAAGUUUCUUUACAGAGUAAAGCGUUACAUAACAAUAACUAUAAUUAGAUUAUAGCUAUAAUUAGAUUAAUUACAGAAAAUGAUGACAGAUAUAAAUGUCCCACACACUGUAGAAUAAGAAAAGCUACUCACACAGUAAGGAGAGUAAAUACAGUCAUUUAUAAAAACAGCAGAGAGCGCCCUCUGCUGAUGGUCAGGAAUUAUUGUUCAUUAAAAUAAAUUACUGUAGAGCGCUUUACACAUCACAUCACAAAGAUCAAGGAAUUUAUAAAGCUCUGAUAGAAUGAAAUAUAACAUUUUAUAUCUGUUUACUAAAUAUAAAACAAACAAAAAGUGUAUUCAAGUGUAAGGAAUUUCAUGCAUUGCUUUUAUUCGCUGUGACAUCCGCAGAUUUUGGGGGGAUUCGAGGGGAUUGUGUGUGUGACUCUGCAGUGGAGUGAGUACACAGUGUCUGGGGAAUCAGAAGGGUGUAAGUAAUAUACAGUUGAUUCAAGAUCAUAAUGGUGUCUGUGAUCUUCAAUCUGCUCAUAGAGGGAAAUCUAAAAAGGAAAGAAGGAAACUGUCUUAGAAGCCCAGAGAUAAACAAACUGCACUACUCUCUUUUCUUCAGCUCCACUAUGAUGCAGAGGUAUGAAUUAUCUAUGGUGAAAUGGAAGGGUUCAUUGGCUUUGGCUCGUUUUCAAACUUGUCAUGUACAGCAGAGAUUUGGAGAUUUGACCCUCUAUUUUUAUACACAUUAACAAUUUCAUAAAUGGACACCAUCUGUACCAUAUUGGGGUAAUUUGUCCAGUUUCCUCUUUAGUUGCUGUUGCUGAUGUUCACUGCAAGUCUAUGACGUCUACAGUUUGUCUAUUAGAAUUCGUUGGCUUAGUGAAAGCCACAGAGUUGGUAUAAAGCAUUUACUUUUUACAAACAUUUUACUGUUUUGUUUGCCCCAAAUAAUCAUGCUGUUCAACAUUCAGAAUAAUAAAAAUUAAUUUCUGAACAGUUGCCGCACCAUCCAAGCUUCAAUGCAUACAGUUGGUGUGUUUCCC